AUGUCUUCCAAAGGUAUUGAAUUUUUACUUCAAAAAGCGGACGAAGUAGUGACCGAAAAUCACGUAGUAGACUUCUUAAACACUCAUUUCUCAUCUGCGAUAAAAGCUGAAACUUUAACAAUGUUAAAUAACUCACUUGGAUACUUGAAAGUUACCGAGUCACAACUUGAAAACCUUCAAGCGAUACAUCUAGAGUUGGAGGAUGCUCUAACAGAACAUCAAAUUUCUAUUAGAUUGAAAAAUCACGGUAAUGAGUCGAUCGAAUCAGAAGUAAUUAGCAAUAAACAGUUGGUGAGCAACUUGAUCAUCUUGCAAAAGAAUGUGAAAAAUCUGUUGCAAGCCAAGCAAUAUUUAAAUAUUCUUGUUAUUGCAGAUGAAUUGAGUACCAAGGCAAAGCAAUUAGUAGAGAAAUCAUCUCAGAAGGCACUAGUACCAUAUACGCAACUUACUCAUAUUGCGCGUAAAAUUCAAUCUGAUAGUGAUUAUCAGAUUUUGAAAAAUCUUGAUGGAUUUAUAAGAAAAAAUUUGGAUGCACUUUGGGAGGACAUGAAAAGUAAACUUUCAAAGAAAUUUCAACACAUAUUAGAUUCAUUGGGAUGGCCAACACCGUUAAAAGUUCUAUUACCUAAUGAGCUACAGGAAAAGAAGACAGCUUUUACAAGAGCUUUUUGCAAAUUAUUGUUGUUGCAGAAUCCGACUGGAAUAGAGGAUUCUGAUAAAAUCGUUACAAAUAAACUCAUUCUACUGACUAAUCAAAUUGAUAAGCUGGAAUGGUAUUUUACACAUAUCCUCACAGCUAUACACGACCAUUCUUCUUUCUUGACAGAAGAAGUGCAAGUUAUUAUUGAUGAAGCUGGAUUUAAUAAAUAUAAUGUAAAA